UGUCAGAGAGAGAGAGAGAGGUAGAGAUGUGCCACUAGAAGAAGAGGGGACAGACAGACAGAAAGAAAGAAAAGGGGGAGAUACAAAAACAGAAGAAUAGAAAAUCCCCCAAGUCAUCGGUCAAGCGGAGACGAGGACAAUGUUUUCCCUCUCUGGGACGCCCUGCUGCCUCUACUGACCAAGACCAAUGAGUCAUAUUGUUGUCAUGGAGAUGCUGUGGCCCCUCCUAGUCCUGCUUUCAGCCGGCGCAGCCCACUCCCACAAAGAGUCACCAACUCGAGGACUCUCCUGCGUGAACGACUUCGUCCGAAACGUCAGCUGCACGUGGAGCAGCUCUCCGGUGGCUCCUGGUGUCGACUGUUGGAUCCAUGGUACAAGGAUUGUCCAUAGACCAAUUCGCAGAAAAAUUAUUCGGAGCUGCAAGCUGAAACCUCACGAAUCGUCUCCUCCAGGCUGUACGUUUGCCUUCGAAGAUCACGAUUUCAACCGUUAUGAAUUCAGCAAUAUCAGCUUGGAGUGUGACGGCAAGUUGUUGGAGAACCUUACAAAGUUUGAGCCAUACAAACACAUUAAGAUGAAUCCUCCAGGUGUUCCUGUCGUCAACAGCACUGUUAAUGAGACCUUCAUAUCAUGGAGUCGAGGCAGUCCUCUCUCUGGCUACAUCAUAGCCUUUAACUUCCACGUUCAGAUCAAACUGAAACAGCAGAUGUGGACGGAGGUCAGUAAUUUGUCCACACAUGAGCAGCACUUAAAAAUACCUGGUCGGCAGCCGAAGGGCCACUACCAGGUCAGAGUGAGAGUCAGUCCCGGAGGCAAGCACAGCGGCCACUGGAGCAACUGGAGUCCCACAACAUCCUGGACCAUAUCACACGGGCAAGAUUUGCUUCUGCCGAGGACGCAGCUGAUAAUGUGGGCAGUGAUGUUGCCCGUGGGUUUCCUUGUCGUAGUUCUGGUCUUUUAUUUGAGUUGUGUGCACAAGGGCUGCUGCAGGCGUCUCAAAGUGAAGCCGGUGCCAAACCCUUCCAACUACUUCCACAGCGUCCACUCUGUCCAAGGAGGAAAUCUUAAGAAAUGGCUGAAUCCUCUGUCAGCUCCUGAAUCGUACUUCAUGGCUCAGCCAGGCGAUCACAUCUCCCCGGUGGAGGUGUGUGAGGGCUGGGAUUCUGUCCCCCCCGCCUCUCCUUCCUCCAGCUCCACUAUCGCUCUGCUCCACAUCGGGGGUUUCCCCUCUGCCGGUUCUGACUCCAGCAAAGUGGUGGACGACUCCUCCUCCUCCUCCUGCUUCUCCAACAUGGGCUACUUCAUGUCCAGCACCUCCAGCAGCGUGGCUCGAUCUGACCCCAAUCCCAUCUACUUCACCUACCAGGACGAUUUCCACAACCUGCACCACGAGCACCGGCUUCGCCUCGCCCUCUGCCCCUCCCUCACCUCCUCCUCAGCCUACGAGCGUCUGAAGAGGGAGCCGCAGAGCCCGGACUCGGGCUUUGGCAUCGGACAGGAAGACGAGGAGGACAAGUCGGACGGGACGAGCAUGGCUGCAGAAGGGGACGAGGUCUCAGAUGAUCCCCCGAGCUCACCUCCUUUUAUCCUCCCUCUGCAUCCUCCUUCCUGGCUGUGCCUUCCCUCCUCUGCCCUGUCCCCUCCUCACCUCCCCGGUCUCAAUAAGAUAUGCCCUGAUAGCCAAGUGGAGGAUGAGGAGGAGGAGGAGGAAGAGGAGGAGGAAGAUGUGUACAGUGACUUCGCGGCCUGGCCUGUGGCUGGCCCCAUGUGCAGGUCGUCCUCCAUGUCUGCCGAGCCUUGUAAACGAGGCUAUCUCACAAUCAAAGAACUACAGACCACAUUCAGCAAUAAAUCUAUCUGACAAAUUCCAGGAGAAUCCCCGAGUGAACAUUUAGCAUGUGAUCUGUGUAUUCUAGUUUAAACGUGGAGCACUCAUGUGCAGUUUCAGCUGAGAGACUUGCUGCUGCUGCUCUUCUCGAGCUGUAUGUGUUUCCGUUGCACUCGUUGACAUCUGUGUAGAGACCAAACAAAAUAAAAGCUCUGGUAGAAA